GGGCUGCGGGAGGGCUGCGCAAAGGCUGCCGGGAGCCGGAAAGCGCGGCGCGCUUGUCUGGUUGGGGUUCUUGGCUUUGUUCCUUGCUGCUGUGCUACCGCCUUGCGUUUUCUGCACAUUUACUUACACGCUUUGUGGUUUACGCUCUCAUAAUCUUGUGGUUUUAUAGUCCUUAAAUGAUUGUAACACACGUUACUAAAAUCCAGAAGCAGAUGUGUACCCCAGCGAGAGUUAAAAUGACGGUGAGAGUCGGUAGAUCCAGACCGUGCUUGAGACCCUGAAUCCUGUUUCCUACCCACUAUUCAGCCGUUGGGUCCCAAGCGAUGAAGUAGGGCACCUUGAAGAUUUAUGGUCUGCAUUAUGUCUGGAGCCAGAAGUAAGCUUGCUCUUUUCCUCUGCGGCUGUUACGUGGUUGCCCUGGGAGCCCACACCGGGGAGGAGAGCGUGGCUGAACAUCACGAGGCUGAAUAUUACGUGGCUGCCGUGUACGAGCAUCCAUCCAUCUUGAGUCCGAACCCUCUGGCUCUCAUCAGCCGCCAGGAGGCCUUGGAGCUCAUGAACCAGAACCUUGACAUCUAUGAACAGCAAGUGAUGACUGCAGCCCAAAAGGGUGUACAGAUUAUAGUGUUUCCAGAAGAUGGCAUUCAUGGAUUCAACUUUACAAGAACAUCCAUUUAUCCAUUUUUGGACUUCAUGCCGUCUCCCCAGGUGGUCGGGUGGAACCCAUGCCUGGAGCCUCGCCGUUUCAAUGACACGGAGGUGCUCCAGCGCCUGAGUUGUAUGGCCAUCAAGGGAGAUAUGUUCUUGGUGGCCAAUCUUGGGACAAAGCAGCCUUGUCAUAGCAGUGACCCAGGGUGCCCAAAUGAUGGGAGAUACCAGUUCAACACAAAUGUCGUGUUCAGCAAUAAGGGAACCCUUGUUGACCGCUACCGUAAACACAACCUGUACUUUGAGGCAGCAUUUGAUGUUCCUCUUAACGUGGAUCACAUCACCUUUGAUACCCCCUUUGCUGGCAGGUUUGGCAUCUUCACGUGCUUUGAUAUAUUGUUCUUUGACCCUGCCGUCAGACUCCUCAGAGACCACAAGGUGAAGCAUGUUGUGUACCCGACUGCCUGGAUGAACCAGCUCCCACUCUUGGCAGCAAUUGAGAUUCAGAAAGCUUUUGCUGUUGCCUUUGGCAUCAACGUUCUGGCAGCUAAUGUCCACCACCCAGUUCUGGGGAUGACAGGGAGUGGCAUACACACCCCUCUGGAGUCCUUUUGGUACCAUGACAUGGAGAAUCCCGAAGGUCACCUUAUAAUUGCCCAGGUGGCCAAAAAUCCAGUGGGUCUCAUUGGUGCAGGGAAUGCAACAGGAGAAACGGACCCAUCCCAUACUAAGUUUUUAAAAAUUUUGUCAGGCGAUCCGUACUGUGAGAAGGAUGCUCAGGAAGUCCACUGUGAUGAAGCCACCAAGUGGAACAUGAAUGCUCCUCCCACAUUUCACUCUGAGAUGAUGUAUGACAAUUUCACCCUGGUCCCUGUCUGGGGAAAGGAAGGCUAUCUCCACGUCUGUUCAAAUGGCCUCUGCUGUUACUUACUUUACAAGAGGCCCACCUUAUCCGAAGAGUUGUAUGCCCUGGGGGUCUUUGAUGGGCUUCACACAGUACAUGGCACUUACUACAUCCAAGUGUGUGCCUUGGUCAGGUGUGGGGGUCUUGGCUUCGGCACCUGUGGACAGGAGAUCACAGAGGCCACAGGGAUAUUCGAGUUUCACCUGUGGGGCAACUUCAGUACUUCCUAUAUCUUUCCUUUGUUUCUGACCUCGGGGAUGACCCUAGAAGUCCCUGACCAGCUUGGCUGGGAGAAGGACCACUAUUUCCUGAGGAAGAGUGGGCUGUCCUCCGGGCUGGUGACGGCAGCUCUCUAUGGGCGCUUGUAUGAGAGGGACUAGGAAAAGUACGUGGUCUGUGGGGCGGACUCUGGCCAUCAUGGUGACAGCCUUGCACUUCCACAGGCUACAAGCCCUGGGACCACCUUUCUGCCUUAAGGGCAGGAGCCCACUUCUGUGGCACCAGAUUCCACCCUGGGAACUGUGGAACAAGUAGGAGAGGCAGAUUCCCUCAGUGUCUUCCUCUUAAACCUCAGUCAUCGAGACAUUAGCUGCUAUUUUCUAUUCACAUUUAUCUUUUUCAAGGCACAUCUUCCUCUAACAAAUCUCUCAGUGUGCAAUUGGUCUCAAGCUAAAACAAAAAUAAAUGCCAGUUUCUAUUUCACACAUCCACA